AUGCAGCGGGUGAACGGUAGUGAUCACAACAUUCUCCAACCGCUGGCUAGUCUAGUGCAAAAAGGGGGGCAUCUGUGCAUAAGCAAUCCCUACCGGUUCUUAGCAUCUCCGUCGAGACUUCUGCAGUGCCUCUUCGUGGCCACCCAUAGGAAAUGGCCACAUUGCGGUCCCAGGCCAAGCUGUGGGGGAUCAAAGGGUGGCUCAGGGAAGAAACUCUUGAACGCAAAAGCUAACCACAGCUUGUUAAAGGAGAGGCAACGGUUUUACGAGAGCGUAGUUGACAAUGAUGCAUCAACUUCAACGCAAACAACCAUUAUCUCCUCGACCACAAAUCAAAAUGAAGCACAGACAAAAUUAGUUCUCACUACCACAGAGGCCCCCAAAUCAAAUGAAACCGCCAACACUACUGAAACUGCAACAACCACUGCACCUCCUACUACCACUAAAACCCCCUCAACCACUAAAGCUGCUACAACCACUGUAGCUCCUACUACCACCGAGACCCCAACAACCACUGUAGCUUCUACCAAAGAGGCCCCAGCAACCACUGAAGAGACUCCAACAACCACUGAAGCUGCCACAAACACUGAAGCUGCCACAACCACUAAGGCUCCAACAACCACUGAAGUUACCACAACCACUGUAGCUCCUAUUAUCAUUAAGGCUCCAACAACCACUGAAACUGCCACAACCAUUAUAGCUCCUACUACCACUGAGGCUUCAACAACCAUUGAAGGUGCCACAACCACAGUGACAAACACAGCUCCCAUUACCACAGAGGCUCCAACAACCACCGAAGGUGCCACAACCACUGUAGCUCCUACUAACACUAAGGCUCCAACAACCACUGAAGGUCCCACAACCACAGUAGCUCCUACUACCACUGAGGUUCCAACAACCACUAAAGGUUCCACAUCCACAGUAGCUCCUACUACCACAGAGGCUCCAACAACCACUGAGGGUGCCACAACCACAGUAGCUCCUACUACCACUAAGGCUCCAACAACCACUGAAGGUGCCACAACCACAGUAGCUUCUACUACCACAGAGGUUCCAACAACCACUGAAGGUGCCACAAACACAGUAGCUCCCAUUACCACAGAGGCUCCAACAACCACUGAAGCUGACACAACCACAGUAGCUCCCAUUACCACAGAGGCUCCAACAACCACCGAAGGUGCCACAACCACUGUAGCUCCUACUAACACUAAGGCUCCAACAACCACUGAAGGUCCCACAACCACAGUAGCUCCUACUACCACUGAGGUUCCAACAACCACUAAAGGUUCCACAUCCACAGUAGCUCCUACUACCACAGAGGCUCCAACAACCACUGAGGGUGCCACAACCACAGUAGCUCCUACUACCACUAAGGCUCCAACAACCACUGAAGGUGCCACAACCACAGUAGCUUCUACUACCACAGAGGUUCCAACAACCACUGAAGCUGCCACAACCACUAAGGCUCCAACAACCACUGAAGUUACCACAACCACUGUAGCUCCUAUUAUCAUUAAGGCUCCAACAACCACUGAAACUGCCACAACCAUUAUAGCUCCUACUACCACUGAGGCUUCAACAACCAUUGAAGGUGCCACAAACACAGUAGCUCCCAUUACCACAGAGGCUCCAACAACCACUGAAGCUGACACAACCACAGUAGCUCCCAUUACCACAGAGGCUCCAACAACCACCGAAGGUGCCACAACCACUGUAGCUCCUACUAACACUAAGGCUCCAACAACCACUGAAGGUCCCACAACCACAGUAGCUCCUACUACCACUGAGGUUCCAACAACCACUAAAGGUUCCACAUCCACAGUAGCUCCUACUACCACUGAGGUUCCAACAACCACUGAGGGUGCCACAACCACAGUAGCUCCUACUACCACUAAGGCUCCAACAACCACUGAAGGUGCCACAACCACAGUAGCUUCUACUACCACAGAGGUUCCAACAACCACUGAAGAUGCCACAACCACAGUAGCUCCUACUACCACUGAGGUUCCAACAACCACUGAAGUGCCACAUCCACUGUGCCACAUCCACGAUAGCUCCUACUACACUGAAAACAACACUGAAGGUGCACAUCCACUGUGCCACAUCCACAGCUCCUACUACACUGAGGCUCCAACAACUAGGUGCCACAUCUGUAGCUCCACUACCACUGAACAACCACUGAAGUGCACUGUAGCUCCUACUACCACUGAGGUUCCAACAACCACUAAAGGUGCCACAUCCACGAUAGCUCCUACUAUCACUGAGACUGAAGGUGCCACAUCCACGAUAGCUCCUACUAUCACUGAGGCUCCAACAACUACUAAAGGUGCCACAUCCACUGUAGCUCCAACUACCACUGAGGUUCCAACAAACACUGAAGCCACAUCCACUGUAGCUCUACUACCACUUCCAACAACCACUGAAGGUGCCACAUCUACUAUAGUCAUACUACCACUGAGAUUCCAACAACCACUGAAGGCUCCAACAACCACUGAAGGUACCACAUCCACUGUAGCUCCUACUAACACUGACGCUCCAACAACCACUGAAGCUCCUACUACCACUGAGGUUCUAACAACCACUGAACGUGCCACAACCACAGUAGCUCCUACUACCACUGAGGUGCACAUCCACUAUAGCCCUACUACCACUGAGGUUCCAACAACCACUGAAGUNGAGAGAGACGAGAAGGAGACGAGAUCGGAGAUCGGAGGAGACUUUUGA